GAUAUUUUGAGAAGCUGUCUAUAAAAGUCAAAAACCACCAAAAGCUUUACUCCACAUCCCUCUCUAAAAAAGUCACUCAGGAGCACACAAAAAAAGGGAAAUCAGAUCAAAAGAUGGUUCUGCUAGAUAAGCUCUGGGAUGAUGUUGUAGCCGGUCCUCAACCUGACCGUGGCCUUGCCCGCCUCCGAAAGAUCACCACCCAACCCAUUAAUAUCAGAGAUAUAGGAGAAGGAAGCAACAAGAUGAUGCAUAGGUCGUUGACUAUGCCGACGGUUGUGAGCCCCGGAACUCCAACUACUCCGACAACUCCGACGACGCCAUAUAAGGAUAACGUGUGGAGAAGUGUCUUUAAUCCUGGAAGCAACCUCGCCACAAGAGCCAUCGGCUCCAACAUCUUUGAUAAACCAACCCACCCAAAUUCUCCAUCCGUCUACGACUGCGAUGAUAACGAAGCUCAAAGGAAGGAACACGUGGCACUGUGUUUAGUGGGCGCGUGGAUUAAAUGAAAAACAAUAAAACAUUAUUCUGUUUUACCGUGUCAACUACCUUCCUUUAUUGUGCAUAUGUAUGGUUGUACAGCGGCGACUCAAGGAGUCAGCACCGUUAAAAGCGAGUCAGAGGGAGUGACACAAGUGGGUGAUGUACAUAUGGUGUCUAGAUCUACCGUCACGUGUCUAAGUUUUGCUUGUUUAUAUAACUGUCUUCUACCUAUGCAAUAAGUUUUCCGGUUUGGGCUUGGUUUGUAAGUUCCUUUUGUGUGUGUUUUGUAGUAACUUGCAAGUGGAGAGGUUGAAUCAUCACUAUCUCGUUUGGAUUUUGAUAGUGAACAUGUGUCU